UUUCUCUCCGGAGCACUGACGCCCAGCCGGAAGAGGAUGGCGACAGGCGCUUUUAAGAGGUUUUGGUCCCGAGGCCCCGACGAGGCGGGGGACGCGGCGCCGGCGAGGAAGCCGGGCGCGUGGGCGCGUCUGGGCAUCUGGGCUCGGGCGCUGCUGCGGGACUACGCCGAGGCGUGCAGCGACACGGUGGCGGCGGCGCGGGCCCGGCCGGGGCGGGCGACCGUGUACGUAGGGCUGCUGGGCGGCGUGGCGGCGUGCUUUGCGCUGGCGCCGGGCGAGGCGGCCUUCGAGGAGGCGCUGCUCGACGCGUCGGGGUCGCUGCUGCUGCUGGCGCCGGCUACGCGCAACCAGGACUCGGAGACAUUCGUGCAACGGCUGCUGUGGCUGCGGGGCCGUGGGCGCCUGCGGCACGUCAACCUGGGCGUGUGCUCGCUGGUGUACGAGGCACCGUGUGAUGCCCAGGCCAGCCUCUACCAGGCCCGCUGCCGCUACCUGCAGCCCCGCUGGAGCGAUUUCCCCAGGCGGGUGCUGGACGUGGGCUUCGCGGGCCGCUGGUGGGUGCUGGACGCCCGCAUGCGCGACUGCGACAUCAACGACAGCGAGUUCCUGCACCUGCCCGCGCACUUGCGCGUCAUUGGGCCGCACCAGCUACACUCCGAGACCAACGAGCGGCUCUUCGACGAGAAGUACAAGGCUGUGGUGCUCUCCGACGACCAGGUGGACCAGGCGCUGUGGGAGGAGCAGGUGCUGCAGAAAGAGAGGAGGGACAGAAUGGUCCUGAGUCAGGCUGAGUUGCUGGUGCAGGAGGAGAGCGAGAGAUGAAGUCGGGGCACCCGGGGGGCUCCGGCUGCUGAUCGCUGGGCAUUUAGCGGGACCUAUGUGUCCUGAGCUCCUCCAGAAGGACAUGCGGAGCACGCAGAAGGUUCUCACCUGGAAGUCUUGCUCCCGCGCUGCUGGUUACCGAGGCCAGUGAGAAUCUUCUGGAUCUGGGAAUGAGCCAGGAUGUCCAGGCUUUGCCUCCCAAUACCUGUGAGACUACCCUCACCAUGGAGCGCCAAAAUAGUUCUCCUCUCUCCUUUCCUCUGUGAGUGUUGAGUGUUGGUUUUCAUUUUGGGUUCUUGGUUGAAGAAGUUAAUUACAGGCCCGCAGAAAACAAAGGUGCAGAGAUUGAGCAUAACCCCAAAGAGUGAUAUUUCCAUCUCAGCCAACUAUCCAGGGAUCGGUUAAUUUGGAUUGUAUGGGGACACGGAGUGGAACGCCCAUCCCUGACGACUGUACAAUGGAUGGUGGUGAGCUAAGGGACUUUCAGUCCUGGAACUGGUAGUGGCCGCCAUGAUUUGGGUUAUGCCAUUCGGUUGCCCUGAGCACACAGUCCAGGGGCUCAAGUUUUGUGGCCAUGGAUGGUACUUGGGUUGUGGCAAUCACUCUUGAAAAAGAAAUGUAGCCCAGAGCCACGUAAUAAAAGUGGCCCAUGAUGAA